CCAUGUGAAAUACUGGUGUCAAGGAUUAGGGUGGGAUGUAUGUUCGUAUGUAGUACGUACUGACCAUCCUAAGAGCAGUGGUAAGACCUCAAUCUCUGAUGACAUCAACAAGAGAAUCUUCACUGUGACCAUGACUGACCUGGCGUCAUGGGACUAUGGGAAUUACAGGUGUGUUGUGGAGAUCAAUAGAGGAACAGAUAUCAUGAUACAAUGGUUCUACCUGUCUGUCACUCCAGGUACUCCAGAACUCUAUGUGGAACAACAGGAAGUGACUGGAGUAGAAGGAGGGAGUGUCACUGUCUGUUGUUACUAUAGUAACUCUGGAGAUAUGAAGUGGUGCAGGAUGGGUGGUGAUUGUGUGAGUUGGUAUUCUGGGACUUUACAUGGAACAUCAGUGACAUUAACGCGGACUAGUGAUGCCAACAACAGAAAAGUCUUAACAGUGACUAUGAGUGGACUGAAGAUGGAGAACACUGACUGGUAUUGGUGUAGAGUUGGAGAAAUAGAGAUGCCUAUUCACAUCACUGUCAGUCAACAAACUGCAACACAGAGAACCUCUAAGAUGACCUCAACAACCCAAGACCCAACCCCUCAACAACCCUCUGCCUCUCCAACUGCUGAGCCUGUUCAGACUGACAACACAAGUCAAGGAGCUGAGGGGAACAUGGAGGAAGUCCACCAGAGGUCCGUGAAAGUCCUACUCAUCUCUCUGGGCAUGUUGGUGGUGGUGACAGCUGGUAUCCUAGUAACAUGGAAGAUGUGGAGAAGGCAUAAGGACAAUAAGGCCAAGGACCAGACAACUAACAACUCAGUGGAUCCAUUUCCUGAAGCUGAUGAUGAUGUCACAUACAGCACUGUCAUCCCCCAGCACAAGACCCAACUAAAAGGACAGACCAAGUCAGCAGAACCAGAUGAUAAUGUGGUCUACAGCUCACUAGCUCUACAGGUGACCACACAGCAGAGGGCAGCAGCACAGCAGUGACUGACAGAGAAGACCUUUGUCUCGUCAUUUUACUGGAAGGACAGAACACUCCCUUCUCCUGUGUCACAACAUCUGUCUGCCUCCAAUAUGAUUCUGUCAUACCUCUUAACCCAACCCAGGUAGAUCCCUCUAUUCUUUAGUGUAAUAAACUACUGAAGACAGUCUGCUGUGUUUGUUUUCAUUAUCACCACAUACACUAUCUGUUAUAUUAGUUAUGUUCCAUCCACCUUUUCACCUUGUCUCUUGUUGUUUACAUGUUCAUCUUAUUUCUCUCAUAUAUAUAGUCAAAUGUCCAAUGCCAGUAACCAAUCAGGAGUGUAAAUUUAACGUACAAGCUGUGUAACAAAAUAAAUAUGAUGAUGAGGCUGAAUACAAAAUGUACAGUUCCAAUCAAAAGUAUUCACCCCCCUUGGUAUUUUUCCUAUUUUGUUGCAUUACAACCUGUAAUUUAAAUUGAUUAUUUGGGGAUUUAAUUUAAUGGACAUAC